AUGCAGGCUGAGGAAUACAAUCGCAGAGGUAAGGAGCUGGUGGACUACAUCACACAGUACCUGGGCUCCAUCCGGGAGAGGAGGGUGAUUCCAGAUGUGAAGCCCGGCUACAUGAGGGAGCUUCUGCCUGACGCGGCGCCUUCAGAGCCCGAGGACUGGGAGAGCAUCUUCAAUGACAUCGAGAAAGUCAUCAUGCCAGGGGUGGUUCACUGGCAGAGCCCUCACAUGCACGCCUACUACCCCAGUCUGACCUCGUGGCCCUCGAUGCUCGGGGACAUGCUGGCCGACGCCAUCAACUGUGUGGGAUUCACCUGGGCCUCCAGCCCAGCGUGCACAGAGCUGGAAAUGCAUGUGAUGGACUGGUUGUGUAAAGCACUGGGGCUCCCCUCCUUCUUCCUGCAUCACCAUCCUGACAGCAGAGGUGGAGGGAUACUGCAGAGCACAGUCAGUGAGAGCACCCUCGUCGCUCUGCUGGCUGCCAGGAAGGACAAACUCUUGCAGCUGCGGGCUGAGCUCGACCAGGACGUGGACGACUCGAUCCUCAACGCCAGACUGGUGGCUUAUGCUUCCGAUCAGGCCCAUUCCUCCGUGGAGAAGGCCGGUCUGAUCACUCUGGUGAAGAUCAGGUUUCUGCCCACGGAUGAGCAGUUGUCUCUGAGAGGAGACGUCCUGAAACAAGCCAUACAAGAAGACAGGAGGAUGGGACUGGUCCCGUUCAUGCUGUGUGCAACUUUGGGAAGUACAGGGGUGUGCGCCUUCGACAAGCUGUCUGAACUGGGACCAGUGUGUGCAGAAGAGUCCCUGUGGCUCCACGUUGAUGCUGCGUAUGCCGGCUCAGCGUACUUCUGUCCCGAGCUGCGCUGGUCGCUGGAGGGCAUCAACUUCGCUCACUCUUUUGUCUUUAACCCUUCCAAGUGGAUGAUGGUCCAUUUUGACUGCACGGCCUUCUGGGUGAAAGAUAAAUUUAAGCUGCAGCAGACCUUCAGUGUUGAUCCAGUUUAUCUCAGACAUGAAAACUCACUGGCAGCCACUGACUUCAUGCAUUGGCAAAUUCCCCUCAGUCGACGUUUCCGUUCUCUCAAACUCUGGUUUGUCAUGCGCUCCUUCGGGCUGAAAAACCUUCAGGCUCAUAUCAGACAUGGGAUUGAGAUGGCAAAGCUUUUAGAGUCUCACAUAAGGAGCGACCCACAUUUCGAGGUUCCGGCUGAGAGGCACCUUGGUCUGGUCGUCUUCUGUCUGAAAGGAGGAAAUGCUUUGACCCAGGAGCUGCUGAGGAGACUGACCCGGUCAGGCAGCAUGUACCUCAUCCCCGCAGACAUUCACACUAAACGCAUCAUCCGCUUCACGGUGACCUCACAGUUCACUACCGCAGAGGACAUCCUGAAGGACUGGGGCCUCAUCUCCAAAAUGGCCUCCACCCUUCUGGCGGAGACGCAGGGUCUGAAUAAUGCAGACCAACCAAAGACAGGGGAAGACGAGGUGAUUGUGGCAGAAGCGAACCAGGACCCAGACUCGGACACCAGGUCUGAUGAGAAAGAGGACGCUGCGUCCAGGCUGGACAAAGCUCAAGUUGAGCUGUGGAUUGACAAGGCUUGGAACCGACCCAGGAGAACCAUGCGUUCUCUCAGCUGCAGCAGCGAGCCUCUGCCGUACACCUGCACCGUGUCUGGUUGUGACUUCGACUUUAGGCCCAGUAUUAAAGAUGCUGCCAGGGGCCCCCCCACGCCAGCCACAACAGGAUCCGGUGCCAUGUACAAGAUCCCAGAGCUGCCUUCAAAUCUUGUGGGUAAACAGGUCCUGAAAAAGCUGACAAAGUUCUACAGCGUGCCCAGUUUCUGCAACCCGUGGGUGCAGUGCGGGCGGCACCAGCUGUGCUGCCCCUUGAAGGUUUCACAAGUCGCUCAAAAACACUUGUCCUCGAGCUGCAGGAGAAUGAACUGUAUGACGUCUUCUCCCGUAGCCAUCACAGCUCCCUCUCCGAAUCCACUGGAAACCGCCUCUGCACCCAAGCUCCUGUAA